UUUGCGCGAGGAACUCGCCGAGAGCGAAUUCGCAAUUAAUUUCGCUCGCGCGGUGACGUUUUUCCUCAUGUCAAGAACGAGUCGCGUCUCUCGUGUGAUCGCGCGACAGAGAGGCAAGAGGGAGAAAGUCGCUUUAAGUUUUUGAUAAACACAGAUAUUAUUUUGUCACGUAUCGCAAUCUAUAUCAUCGAGGAUACUACCCGUAUUAAUCUCAGAGAGGCGGGAUCUAUCGAAAUCGGUGUCUCACCGGUCUACGACAAUACAAAUUCGUUGAAAGAUCAAAGAAAAUGCGCGUGGCCGUCAUAGGCGCUGGUGUAAUAGGAGUAACGAGCGCGUUCGCGGUGAAAAGUUCCUUCCCGAGCUACGAUGUAAAGAUUUUCGCCGACGUAUUUUCACCUGAUACCACUGGCGACGGAAGUGCCGGCUUAUGGGGUCCUUUUCUCCUCAGCGACACACCUGCCGAGGACAUAAGUCGAUGGGCUGGCAGUACACAUAAGUGGCUCGAACAAUUGUGGAAAGCCGGAUUAUCAUCGGAAACGGGUGUCUCCCUGCUGCCUGUAACUCGCGUCAACAGCGAUUACGAGGACGGCGCCGAGCCAUUCUGGGCGAAACUCGUCUAUGGCUUCCAAAAAAUAAGUGACCAACAAUUACAACGCUUGAACGAAGAACACAAGUCUAAUUACAGACAAGGUUGGCAUUUUAUAACUUAUACCGCCGAACCGGUUCUGCUACUACCGUGGCUCAUGGAAAAGUUCGUUGCCUUGGGCGGAAAAGUGGAGAGAAGAAAUAUUAAAAUGUUGCACCAAUUAGCCGAAGAAGGAUAUGACUUAAUAAUAAACUGCAGCGGGCUCGGUGCACGAGAACUCGUCGCGGAUAAAGCAAUGACGCCUAUCAGAGGUCAGGUGUACAGGGUGAAAGCACCUUGGGCGAUGCACUGUAUUUUGGUGGACGAUGACGCCUGCAAUUACAUCAUCCCUAACAUCCACAGCGUUGUAAUAGGCGGCACGCACCAAGAAGGAGACUUCGAUCGCUCCGUACGAGAGGAAGAUUCGAAACAUAUUUAUGAUGGGUGCUGCCGCAUAAUGCCGUCUCUAAAGGCAAGUGAAAUAAUGCGCGCUUGGGUGGGCCUCCGACCAGGGCGACCGCGAGUUCGUUUGGAGUGCGAGAGUCUCAGCUCGCCUAUGGGAAAAGAGUUCAAGGUGAUACACAAUUACGGCCACGGCGGAAGUGGCGUGACGCUGAGCUGGGGGUGCGCCAUGGACGUCGUGGAGAUGAUAAGAAACUCGAAAGUACCCGAAUUAAACUCCAAACUGUAACUUCAGGGACAUAAUAAACUUUUUAGCCUUCGUACA